AUGUACCCCCAGGGAAGGCACCCGACCCCGCUUCAGUCCGGACAGCCCUUCAAGUUCUCGAUCCUAGAGAUCUGUGACCGGAUCAAAGAGGAAUUUCAGUUUUUGCAGGCGCAGUACCACAGCCUCAAACUGGAAUGUGAAAAGCUGGCCAGUGAGAAGACAGAGAUGCAGCGUCAUUAUGUCAUGUACUACGAGAUGUCCUAUGGUCUGAACAUCGAGAUGCACAAACAGGCAGAGAUUGUGAAAAGGCUGAGUGCCAUCUGUGCCCAGAUAAUCCCCUUCCUGACGCAAGAGCACCAACAGCAGGUCCUGCAGGCUGUGGAGCGGGCCAAGCAGGUGACGAUGGGGGAGCUGAACAGCAUCAUUGGGCAGCAGCAGCUCCAACACCUCUCCCACCAUGCCCCUCCGAUCCCUCUGACUCCCCACCCCUCGGGCAUGCAGGCCCCCAGCCUGGCCGGGAUGGGUGGGGCCUCUGGGCUUUUGGCUCUGUCAGGGGCCCUGAUGGCGCAAUCUCAGCUGGUGGCCAAGGAGAACAGGGGAGCCCAGGAGACUGAGGUCACUCGAGAAAGAGCACCAAGUCGGAGCAGCUCCACUUCACCCCCAGAGAGCCUGGUGGCGGAGGAGGAGCGGCUGAGCGGUGCCGGGGGGAAGAGGAAGCAGGAGGAGAAGGAUGCCCUCGGACUCUACGACAGUGACGGGGACAAGAGUGAUUAUAACCUGGUGGUGGAUGAGGACCCACCCUCGGAGCCCAGCAGCCCCACUCUUACCCCAGGGGGGAAGCCAGCCGCCUCCCGCCGGGAGCUGCCAGAGAGCCCUGCCUCCUUGGCUUCUAGCCGCAGCACACCACCCCCCAAAUCCAGGGAUCCUGGCCUGAAUGAUAUUUUGUCCACUACUCCUGCCUCCAAGGGCAGCAGCUCUUCUCCACCACGUGACGCCUCCACCCCGGGUCCCAGCUCUGCCUCCCACAUCCGCCAGCUUGCCACCAAGCCACCCUCUACAGACACUAUUGCCCUGCGGAGCCCGCUGACGGUGUCCAGCGCCUACACACCCUCCUUCGGCAUGGUGCCCCACGCUUCCCUGAAUGGAGACCUCUCCGUGCCCAGCUCCUACAUGAGCCUCCACCUCUCCCCCCAGGUCAGCGGCACCAUGGUGUACGGCCGCUCCACCAUGAUGGCGUUCGAGUCUCACCCCCACCUCCGGGCAUCGGGCGUCUCCUCCUCGCUCCCCAGCAUCCCCGGUGGGAAGCCGGCCUACUCCUUCCACGUGUCAGGUGACGGGCAGGUGCAGCCGGUGCCUUUUCCGUCGGACGCCCUCAUUGGCUCGGGCAUCCCCCGGCACGCCCGCCAGCUGCACACCCUGAGCCACGGCGAGGUGGUCUGCGCCGUCACCAUCAGCAACUCCACCCAGCACGUCUACACCGGGGGCAAAGGCUGCGUCAAGGUGUGGGAUGUGGCGCAGCCUGGCACCAAGACACCCGUGGCCCAGCUGGACUGCCUGAACCGGGACAACUACAUCCGCUCCUGCAAGCUGCUGCCGGAUGGGCGGAGUCUCAUCGUGGGAGGUGAGGCCAGCACCUUGUCCAUUUGGGACCUGGCCGCCCCCACCCCCCGCAUCAAGGCCGAGCUGACCUCCUCUGCCCCCGCCUGCUACGCCCUGGCCAUCAGCCCCGACGCUAAGGUCUGCUUCUCCUGCUGCAGCGACGGCAACAUCGUGGUGUGGGACCUACAGAAUCAGACGCUGGUCCGGCAGUUCCAAGGCCACACCGAUGGUGCCAGCUGCAUUGACAUCUCUGAGUAUGGGACCUGGCUGUGGACAGGUGGUCUGGACAACACUGUUCGCUGCUGGGACCUGCGAGAGGGGCGGCAGCUGCAGCAGCAUGACUUCAGCUCACAGAUCUUCUCCCUUGGUCACUGCCCCACCGGGGAGUGGCUGGCGGUGGGCAUGGAGAGCAGCAACGUGGAGGUGCUCCACGUCAACAAGCCCGACAAGUACCAGCUGCACCUGCACGAGAGCUGUGUCCUCUCCCUCAAGUUCGCCUCCUGCGGCAAGUGGUUUGUGAGCACGGGCAAGGACAACCUCCUCAACGCCUGGAGAACACCCUACGGGGCCAGCAUCUUCCAGUCCAAAGAGUCCUCCUCCGUGCUCAGCUGUGACAUCUCCAUCAAUGACAAGUACAUCGUGACAGGGUCAGGGGACAAGAAAGCAACCGUCUACGAGGUGGUAUACUGAGGCCCAGCCAGCCGGCUCUCAUGGCCCUGGCCAUAGGCCAGGGCCAGCUUCUCCCCAUCCUCUUUCAGCCUGUGGUAUCCUCCUGGCAAGAGUGGGGCAGUGCAGCCCUACCUCCUCUCUUUCCUGUACCCUUCCUUCCCCCCGUGUCUGUGAGCACCUCUCUUCCCCACCCCACACCCCCGAGCUCCCCUCAACACACGCCUCCCAGGUUCUCUUGGGGCCCAGCCUCACAGGCCCCCCAGGGUUGGGGCCAGCUGGCUCGGGAGCAAGCGCUGUGAGCCCAGCCCUGCCCCUGUCUGCCAUGUGUGCCACCCUGGGAGGAAGGGCAGGCUGAGGUGGCAACAGGUCUAAGCUCUUUGUGCGUUAAUAAAUGUAUUUAUCCCACAGUGUUUUCAAUCCUGUAAUAAAGGCAGGUGAUUUUUCUCUC